GACCCAAACCGAACCAACUUUGGCAAUUCGCUUUCGUUAAUUCGGUUAGGCAUAAUAAUAUAAUAAAGAAAAUUGCACGAUGUCUCGCGAUGAUAAUGAAUAUAAUAGACUAGCUACAGAAUAUGAUCCAAUAAAAAUAGGUUCUAUUGAUGGCACAGACAGUGAGGCUCACGAUCGUGCAGUCCUGCGCGCUUUAUGCUCGGAAUAUGCUCCCAACAAGCAAGUCCGAGGUGACCCCCACCAUACGUUGUUCAUUGGCCGAUUGAACCAUCGAACAACACAGGAAACAAUCCAAUCUGAAUUUUCAAAAUUUGGAAAAAUCUUGCACUGUCGACUGGUAAAAGAUAUUGUAACAGGAAAAUCAAAACAAUAUGCUUUUGUAGAAUAUGAAAGUAAGAGCUCUGCUGAUACAGCAUGGAAAGAGAUGCAUGCAGAGAUACUGGAUGGGUCAGAGGUGAUAGUGGAGCGGGAGGCGGAAAGGCGUUUGGCAGGCUGGCGGCCCCGCAGGCUAGGUGGGGGGUUUGGUGGCCGCAAAGAGUCCGGCCAGCUGAGGUUUGGAUGUCGAGCAAGGCCAUUCAGAAAACCAUUUGUCUUAGGACAAAAUGUUGAUAGUGUUCCGUCUACUCACAGAAGGGACGGCAAUAAUUUCCAUUAAACAAAAGCUACAUAUGUCAGAAUGUGGACAAUCUGUAUGGUCAUGUCCUGUCAAAGUCUGCGUUGUUUG